AUGGAACUGUAUGACCGCCGCAAACAACUAGUCCCUAAUGCCUUGGGUAUUUUUAACCCCUCUACGGCUGUGCGCGCAAAAGGUGCCACGAUAUGGAAUGCCGAUGGAAGAGAAAUGAUUGACUUCGCAGGGGGCAUCGGGGUGAUGAAUGCAGGGCAUUGUCCGGAGCCGGUGGUGCGCGCUAUUCAGGAGCAGGCGGCUCGGCUGAUCCACUCGAGUUUCAAUGUUUCGCUGACGGAAUCGUACUUGGAUCUGGCUGAAAAGCUGGUGGAGUUGCUCCCGCAUGGCGAGGCUACAAAGGUGAUGCUGACCAAUAGCGGUGCCGAAGCGGUAGAAAAUGCGAUUAAAAUAGCGCGUAUGGCUACAGGAAGACAGGGUAUUCUUUGUUUUACUGGCGCAUUUCAUGGCAGAACAAUGAUGUCGAUGACGCUAACGGCAAAGACGAAAAAUAAGACUUCGUGUGGACCUUUCGCACCGGAGGUGUAUAGGCUGGAGUUUCCGUAUCCAUACCGCUAUGGCGCGGGACUGAGCGAUGAGGCUUAUAUAGAGCAACAGGUGAGGCGUCUGAAGGAUUUUUUCUACUAUCAGGCAGGGGCUGAACAUAUCGCAGCGGUAAUUGUGGAGUUAGUGCAGGGCGAGGGCGGUUUUACGGUGAUGCCGCCGGCUUACCUGAAGGCGCUUCGCGAUACUUGCAAUGAGCACGGUAUUUUGCUGAUUUUCGAUGAGGUGCAGUCGGGCUUUGGUCGCACGGGCGAGUGGUCGGCUUUUGCGCAUUAUGGCAUCGUGCCGGACUUAUCCACUUGGGCAAAAAGUAUGGGCGGCGGUAUGCCGAUAGGGGCUGUGAUGGGCAAAGCACAUAUCAUGGAUGCGGCGCUGCCGGGCACUAUAGGCGGUACUUAUGGCGGCAAUCCGGUGUGUUGCGCGGCUGCUCUCGCCAAUAUACAAUAUAUGGAGGCGAUAGACAUCAAUGCGCAUGGUCGUAGGGUGGGCAAGAUUGUGCGCCGCCGUAUGGAGGCUAUGCAAGCCAAAUGCCCUGCCAUCGGCAAUGUGCGGGGGCUGGGCGCUAUGCUCGCUUUUGAAUUGGUGAAAAAUAAUGACCCGUGGCAACCCGAUGCCGAACUCGCCACUAAACUGGUGGCAGCCUGCGAGAAAAAAGGGCUCAUCAUCAUCAGCGCCGGCACUUUUGGCAAUUGUAUCCGGGUGCUGAGUCCGCUGCUAUACAAAUAUAAAAACAUGGCAUACAAGCAAUACAUAAACGGAGUCUGGUGCGAUGCCUUGAACCACAACACCUGGGAGGUACUCAAUCCCGCUACCGAAGAGGUGGUCGCCACAGUGCCCUAUGGCAAUGACGACGAUGCGCGCAUGGCUAUCGAAGCAGCGCACCAAGCCUUUCCGGCAUGGAGCAAGACCAACGCAUUCCAACGGGCAAGUAUGCUCAAAAAUGUGGCAGCGCGCAUCCGCCAAAAUGCUUCUGAUUUCGCGCGUAUCACUACGCAAGAAAGCGGCAAACCAUUGAUGGAAGCCAAAGGCGAGUGGAUGGUGGCUGCCGACCUUUUCGAGUGGUUCGCCGAAGAAGCCAAGCGCACUUAUGGCACGGUGAUUCCUACCAGUCGCAACAACAAGCGGAGCUAUGUCAUCUGGCAGCCGGUGGGCGUGGUGGGCAUCAUCACAGCGUGGAACUUCCCGGUGUGGAACCUCGCCCGUGCUUGGGGAGCAUCGUUGGCGGCGGGUUGUACCAUCGUGGCUAAGCCUUCCGAAUACACGCCUUUGACGGCUAUGCUCCUGACGGAAAUAUUUGAUAGUGAGGGAUUUCCGCCCGGCGUGGUCAAUCUAGUGAGUGCUGAAGCUCCGUCCGUCGGCGAUGCGCUGAUGGAUGCCGAGGCGGUGCGCAAAGUGCAUUUUGUAGGCAGCACGCGGGUCGGAAAAAUACUCAUGGAUAAGGCAUCGAAGGUGAAUACCAAGCUUUCGCUCGAGCUAGGUGGCAAUGCGCCGGUGUUGAUAUUUCCCGAUAUGAAUGUGGAGCAAAUAGCGGCAUCGGCGGUGGGUGCCAAAUUCCGCAAUUGCGGACAGGUGUGCGUAUCGCCACAGCGUUUUUUGGUGCAUCAGGAUAUUUACCAUGCGUUUUGCGAGGCUGCUGCUGGUUUGGUGGCUCAAUACAAGGCGGGCAACGGUCUUGAUACAGGCACGCAGGUGGGUCCGCUCAUCAAUCGUAAGCAACAAGAGCACGUAGCGGCACUGGUGGAGACCAGCGUAAGCGGUGGCGCUAAGGUGCUUGCAGGCGGCAAUAUUCCGUAUCCGAAAGGUUAUUUCUAUAGCCCUACACUCUUGAAGGAGGUGGAAGUGACUUCGCCGGUGUUCACUAAGGAGGCAUUCGGUCCUUUGUUGCCGGUUACGCCUUUCCGCAAUUUCGAGGAAGCUAUCACCCUUGCCAAUGCUACGGAAUUUGGCCUGGCGUCGUACAUUUGGACGAAGGAUCUCAAUACAGCGCUCCUCGCUAGCGAAGCCUUGGAGUUUGGGAUUGUGGGCAUCAAUGAGUGGACGCCGCAUGGCACAGAGGUGCCUUUCGGUGGCUGGAAACAAAGCGGUCAGGGUAGCGAAUUGGGUCAUGAUGGCAUUUUUGAAGCAGCAGCCAUGCCUACAGGCUUAGCCAAAUCCACAGAAGUAGUAGUAGCCUCCGCCAAAGGAGCACUAGUAUAUGACGUAGAUGGCAAUACCCUCAUAGACAUGGCAGGCGGCAUUGGUGUACUCAACGCAGGACACCGCCCCACCACCGUAGUCAAUGCCAUCAAAAAGCAAUUGGACAAAGUCAUACACUCGUGCACACUCGUCACCACCAACGAGCCAACCGUAGAACUUUGCGAAAUGCUCAACAAAGUAACACCCGGCGAUUUCCCUAAGAAGACGCUGCUCGCCAACUCAGGCGCAGAAGCCGUAGAAAACGCCGUAAACAUCGCUAAAUAUUAUACCAAACGACCAGCUAUCAUCGUAUUUGAAGGAGGCUACCACGGCCGUACCCUGCUUACCAUGAGUAUGACCAGCAAGUACGGUCUCUUCAAAAAAGGUUAUGGUGCCACGGUAUCUGAUAUUUUCAGACUACCCGCGCCCAAUAUGUUUCGCCCUUUCAAAGGCAUGAGCAAAGCACAAUACCUCCAACACUGCUUAGAUCAACUUGACCAUGCAUUAAUAGCCCAAGUGGAUCCAUCGGCUAUUGCUGCCAUCGUCAUCGAACCGGUGCAAGGUGAAGCCGGUUUUGUGCCCAUCCCAGCUGAAUUCCUACAAAAAAUACGCUCACUUUGCACCCAACAUGGUAUCGUGAUGAUUGCCGACGAAAUACAAAGUGGCUUCGGGCGCACCGGCAAACUAUUCGCCAUUGAGCAUAGCGGCGUUGCACCUGACAUCAUCACCAUGGCGAAGUCUAUCGCUUCAGGUAUGCCCAUCAGCGCCGUGACCGGUCGCGCGGAAAUCAUGGAUACCCUGCACUUAGGAGCAGUUGGAGGUACGUAUGGAGGCAACCCUGUAGCAUGUGCCGCAGCCAUCGAGACCAUCAAAAUCCUUACCGAUCCGGCUUUUGUGAAACAUGCCGACCAAAUCGGAGAAAUCAUGCGCAAGACCCUCGAAAGCUGGAAGCGUAAAUACUCCCUCGUUGGCGAUGUGCGCGGAAUUGGUGGUAUGCGCAUCGUAGAAUUUGUGAAAGAGCGCGACAACAAUACGCCCGACCCCGACCUGACACUUGAAAUCAUCCGCGAUGCGGUAUCUAAAGGGCUGAUUCUCAUCAGAGCAGGGCUUUUCUCCAAUUGCAUCCGAUUGUUGCCGCCAUUUGUCAUCACCACAGGUCAGUUGAAAGAAGCGCUUGAAGUUUUGGAAGGUGCUAUCGCCCGCGCGCAUACCAAAAGAGGCUUGUAA